CACAGGUGGUGGCGGUAUGCACUAAAAAGUUGGUAUGCGACCCGCCAAUAAAUCCAGAUAGAAGCAGAAGAAGCUCGCGUGUGAUGUGUUUGCGUAUCCUCCGUGUUUUUCUUAGUGUAAACAGAGUCUUGUCUCUGUGUAUUUAAGUGUUUAGAAGUUGAUGAUUAGAUGUGCUGUAAAUGAGUAUAAGCUGAUCUGUCCAUGCUGGAUAUAUUGAUGAUUUCAUCACAGAAAUCUCUCAGCUGAAGAAAGAGUGGCGUUACUGAAGACAAACCUGAGGUCCCGAGGAGAUUUAGCAAGGACACUACAAUGUGUGACAGUAAACAGCGCUUACAGGAGGAUCAAACCUCCACAGAGUCUCUGGAUUCUGUCUGUAACGCUGGAGAACAACAACAGAUCCUGCAGACCACACUGAAGGUGUGUUCUGUCAAACUCUUCGACUGCACGAACCUCAUGAUGAAGAUUAAAACUGAACCUACAGAAAUAAAAACUGAACCCACAGAAAUAAAAACUGAACCCACAGAAAUAAAAAUUGAACACACAGAAAUAAAAACUGAAACCACAGAAGAGGAGUAUCACACUGAGGAAGAUGAUGAUUUUAUUCUGUCAGAUUUCUCUGGUGGUCUGGAAGGAGAGGAGGCCUCACUACUGGCUGCAGAGCAGUUUGACACAGUUUGCCAUGGUGGAAGCGAAGAGGACCUUGAUGCAGAUCAUUUAUGCUCCGAUGCACCUCCAAGGAAAAGACAGAGGGCUGAAAACACCUGGAAGAACGUCAUCAACAAGAAAAGAAGAAUGGUUGGGAAGUCAUACACUGGAAAAGAGAAGCAGAAGGAAAUAAUGAGGGAGCCACGGGCUAUGGGGCCUAGAUGUUCAUCAUCAGCAUGUGCCAAGUCAGCUAAACAUCACUGCAGUGCAAUCGGCGAGGCUGAGAGGAGUACCAUUUUCAAUUACUUUUGGCAACAGUUGACCUGGGAGGAUAAGAGGAUGUAUGUGCAGAGUCUAGUUGAUGUGGUCCCCGUGCAAAGGAGAAGGGGGGCUGAAAAUUCCAGAAGAUCAAAUUCCCUGUUUUUUUUUUUACGGGUCAGCGGGCAGAGAAGACGCGUCUGCAAAAAAAUGUUUUUGUCUACCCUAGGAAUAGGUGGGUGGUGUGCCCUAAACUGGGCAAAAGGGGGAUACACGCAAGCAGACACUGAGGGACAGACACACAGCAACGCACGUCGUUCAGUUGCAGGCCAUGAAUUCAUCUGCAGCUUUUUGCAGGACCUGCCAAAGGUGCCCUCACAUUACUGUAGAUCCACAACAUCCAAACAGUAUCUGGAACCUGUGUUUCAGUCGAUGGCUGCUCUCUAUGCAGUGUAUUGUCGCGCUGCAGCAGAGAAGAAUGUAACACCUUUGUCAAGGCAAGUGUUCGCAGAUGAGUUCAGGCGUCUCAACCUAGGCAUUUACCAGCCAAAAAAGGACCAGUGCAACAUCUGUUGUGCUUUCAAGGGCGGCAACUUACCUGAUGAGGAGUGGCAGCACCACCUCCUUCAAAAAGAAGAGGCCCGAACCGAAAAGCUGUCCGACAAAAGCAAGGCCAGCAACAAGAUCAUGGUCAUAUGUAUGGACUUACAAGCCCUCCUUUUGUGCCCAAAGCUAAAAGCCUCUGCCUUGUAUAAUAAAACAAAGCUUGCAGUUCACAAUUUCACCAUGUACAACGUGCUGACACACAGUGCUACAUGUUAUGUCUGGCAUGAAGGUGAGGGAUCCCUGUCUGCCAAUGAGUUUGCUUCAUGCAUUGUUGACUACCUCUCUGCACACACUGAGCCUGACACAUUUAUUCUGUGGAGUGACGGCUGCGGGUAUCAGAACAGGAAUGCAGUUCUAAGCAAUGCACUUCUUCUGUUCUCCAUGAAGAAAAACAAAGUCGUCAUUCAGAAGUACCUUGAGAAAGGGCAUACCGAGAUGGAAUGCGACUCUGUUCACAGUGCCAUUGAGAAGUGUCUGAGAAACCAGGAUUUGUAUCUCCCAGCGGAGUAUGUUAACUUGAUGAAGAGGGCUCGUGUGAAGCCUCAUCCAUACGAAGUCAAGUACAUCGACCACACCUUCUUCCAGGACUUCACCAAGUUGAGGCUCUGCAAGUCUCUGCACCUUGAAGUAAGGCCUGGUGACUUCACUGCCCAUGAUAUCAGGGCCAUCAGGUACAACAACAAUGGAACGAUGGACUUGAAAAUAAACCAUUCUGAUGACUGGCUUUCACAUCCGGGUCACCAACUUCGAAACUCCACCUCAGACAGCUACACAGUCACCCCACUCUAUUCGGACAGGCUAAAGAUCAAUGAGCUGAAAUUUAAACACCUCCAAGACCUGAAGGAAGUCAUCCCAAAGGACUUUCACAGCUUUUAUGACAGUUUGCUUCACUAGUUUAAUACACACAGAGCCUCACAGAUGCAUGCACACAGACAAGGGCUCUCCCUACUUACAAAUACACUCAGCGAUGGGCUUAGUAAAGCAAGCCUUAACUUUGACUUUAUCUAUGUUUAUCUGUGUCAUUGAUGUAUUGUAAAUACUGCUGUUUAUACAUGUUUUAAAAUGUUUGUAAUAUAAUAUUUGAAUUAAAUUGAAUGUUUUGGAUACCACUAUUAAAUUAGUGUUU